CACUCUCUCGACUCUGAUCUCUAGCAUCUGCAGUCCUCCCUUUCGCCUGAUUCUUUUAACUGUCCUCUGCCUUUCCGGCCCAUUUUUGUAUCUGUUCAAGUGCAAUUAAGGAUGGGCAAGAAAUACUGGCCACCCACAUUGCAUGACUUUUUUAAAAAAAAAUUAAUGUCGAUCGCUGUUUAAAUGGUUAACUGAUUUUUUUAAAUUAUUGACCUUUUUAACAGUGGACUGUAACUGCAUCCCCAGACGUAACAACAAUAAAAACUUCCCAAAAGAAUGUCUGACAGUAGCUGUACCACAUUUAACGUAUUACCCUACCCCCCACAUACACGGCAAAGUUUUCAUAAAUGCAUCCCUUUUUGUUAUGGGACCGCUUACUUUAUUUAAAAGUUUUUUUUUUGAAUGGGUAACUUCUCGACAUGUACGUAUCCUAAUGCUCAAUUAACUAACUAAAUAAAUGAAGAUGUCUUAAAAAAUCUAAUUUUUUGACAGGCCACCAAACUACACUUGCUAUUUUAAUGCAGGUCGCCAAUACAUUUUACUUAUCACAGACUAGCGUCUUGUCAUACUUCAAUUGAGCGCGUAACUUGAAGUUCUAUCUCCCUUAAUGAAGUUACAUCAUAACCUGUAUGCAUUGUUAAAUCAGUUUUUUAAAUUAAAAGUGAUCUCUGCAACUUCUUCAAAAAGACAAAAAGUUGCUUUCAAUCCGGUAAACAAUCAUUUAUUGGAGUAUGUGGUUAAAUGUCUCGUUGGUUGCUCUUCAGUGGCGAAAUGUUCUUGUCUCUUAAACAGGUCCUGCACUUUUGGACUGCACAAGAAACGUGCAAUUUGCCUUAAAGGACAAGUCCAGCAGUGGUGUUUUCUAAUUCCCAUAACUGAAUCGAAAUAUUGAGGAUGCUGGAAAUCCGAGCGAAAAACCAAAUGCUGCCGAUUAGGCAGCAUCUGUGGAGAGACAAACCGAGUUCAUAUUUCCAGUACGCGGAGUUAAAACAGAUUUAACCACUUCGUUGCUGGCGAGGUGUCCACCCCUCUCACUGUUUACUGGGGAUUUCUAGUAAGGUGAGAUCUCCCUUCAAAGACCUCUUUUUUUGACUGGAUUACCAACAAUGGUCCAUCUCUGAUCUCUCCUGCAGCCAGUAAAUAACAUCCUUAACCUUUUCUCGCGUGGAGCAGACAGCAAUAAUUUUACGCAAAUACAGCGGUGCAAUCCUGGUCGAGGGAGGAGGGAACGCUGGCACUUGCUGGAAGAUUUUUGAAAGUGGGAUAGGACUUCAUUUGAGGUACCUGGUGAGGGGGCGAAGUCUUGCUGUGAUUAUAGGUGUAGGGAAUAUAAUCCUGUCUGGGAUGAGACGGUGGCCCCACCUCCUUUUUAAUUGGCCCCGCUUGAUAAAUAGAGCGAUUAGGUGUUUGCCUGAGCACUCGGAACAGUCUCCCUCUGGGAUUUGAUCGAGGAAUAUGGGGAUGGAUCGGAGCCAGCAUGCGGGCAGGAGCAGCCUUUGCUGUCCUGUCUUGUUGGCUCUCUCAGUCUUUCUGUGCUGCUCAGCAGCAGAAGGAACUGCUAACCAGAUCCCGCAGAGGGAUCCGGGUCCGCUCAUUGGAGAGAUCCGGUCCGGCUCAGUUGACAACUCGACCAGCAAGGAUUACCAGAUCGUUCAACUUAAUUGGCCACAUGUCAAGGACACGUACAUCAUUGCAGUCUGGAUCUUAGUGGCCAGUUUAGCUAAAAUUGUUUUCCAUCUGUCUGAGAAAGUCACCUCGGUGGUACCGGAAAGUGCCCUGCUGAUUGUACUGGGCCUCAUCCUGGGAGGAAUUGUCUGGGCCGCCGAUCACACUGCCUCCUUCACUUUAACACCAAAUGUCUUCUUCUUUUACUUGCUGCCACCCAUUGUACUGGAUGCCGGAUAUUUCAUGCCCAAUCGGCAUUUCUUUGGGAAUCUUGGAACCAUUUUAAUGUAUGCCGUCAUUGGAACAGUAUGGAAUGCUGCUACCACUGGUCUCUCCCUCUAUGGUAUCUUCAAAACGGGUAUUAUGGGACCUAUACAGGCUGGUCUAUUGGAAUUCCUUCUGUUUGGCAGUCUGAUUGCAGCAGUUGACCCAGUGGCUGUGUUGGCUGUGUUUGAAGAGGUCCAUGUAAACGAAGUGUUGUUCAUCAUUGUGUUUGGAGAAUCUCUACUGAACGAUGCUGUCACUGUGGUGCUGUACAAUGUCUUUAGUUCAUUUGUUGCAAUUGGAGGAGAAAACAUUGAAGGCCUGGAUUAUUUCAAAGGCAUAGUUUCUUUCUUUGUUGUGAGCUUGGGUGGAACUGCUGUUGGCAUCGUCUUUGCAUUCCUGUUGUCCCUGGUAACCAGAUUUACCAAGCAUGUGAGAGUGAUUGAACCUGGAUUUGUCUUUGUCAUUUCAUACUUGUCCUACCUCACUGCAGAAAUGCUUUCACUUUCUGCUAUAUUAGCCAUUACGUUUUGUGGCAUCUGCUGUCAGAAAUAUGUAAAAGCCAACCUCUGUGAGCAGUCAAUCACCACUGUCAGAUACGCAAUGAAAAUGCUGGCAAGUGGAGCGGAGACCAUUAUCUUCAUGUUUUUGGGAAUCUCUGCAGUGGACACAAGAAUAUGGACAUGGAACACAGCUUUUAUCCUUCUCACUCUAGUCUUCAUCUCUGUCUACAGAGUUAUCGGUGUUGUAAUUCAGACCUGGAUUCUGAACCAUUACCGUGUGGUGCAGCUGGAGAUUAUAGAUCAGGUGGUGAUGUCAUAUGGAGGCCUGCGUGGAGCUGUAGCUUUUGCUCUGGUGGUUUUGCUGGACUCCCAGCAUAUACAUGAGAGGCGACUGUUUAUCAGUACAACCAUCAUUGUGGUGUAUUUCACUGUCAUCUUUCAGGGUCUGACGAUCAAACCUUUGGUUAAAUGGCUGAAAGUAAAGAGGAGCCAGCACAAGGAACCUUUGCUCAAUGAGAAACUUCAUGGAAGAGCUUUUGAUCACAUUCUUUCUGCAAUAGAAGACAUCUCUGGUCAAAUUGGACACAACUAUCUUCGAGACAAGUGGACAAACUUUGACAGAAAAUACCUGAGCAAAUUAAUGAUGAGGAAAUCAGCACAAGUUAGUCGGGAUAAGAUCCUCAGCGUUUUCCGGGAGCUGAACCUGAAAGAUGCCAUCAGCUAUGUGUCUGAGGGAGAACGGAGAGGGUCCUUGGCUUUUAUUCGCUCAAGCAGUGAUGUUAACGUUGAUUUCACUGGACCUCGUCACUCUGUUGUGGACUCAUCUGUCUCUGCAUUGCUGCGAGGGAGUACCAGCGAGGUAUGUCUGGACAUGCAAGCGAUUGAGAAUAGAAUGAAGAGUGGAAAGGAUCGAGAAGAAACAGUCACUCACCACAUGUUGCAGCAGCAUCUGUACAAACCCAGGAAACGGUACAGGCUUAAUUACAGCCGACACAAGCUGGCAGUGCGCAAUGAAGGUGAGCAACAGGAUAAAGAGAUUUUCCAGCGCACGAUGAAAAAGAGACUGGAAAAUUUCAAACCCACCAAGCUCGCAAACAAUUAUACCACAAAGUUUAGGAACAUGAAGAAAGAGCGAGCAGCUAAAAAGAAACACAGUGAUGCGAUGUCAAAUGGCAAGAUCCCGGCACAUUCCGUUUCUUUCCACGUUAAUAAAGACUCUGAUGUAGAGGAUCACUAUGAUCCAUCAGACGGAGGAAUUAGUUUUCUCAUUACACCUGCCCACAAUGAAUCGGAUGAACCAAUAACCGGAUUCACUAACCCAGGCUUUUCCACUGAGGAAGAUGAUUCUACUUUCCAAAUGACUCCACCGUGGGUGUCCAAUGAAGAAACAGUAAUUCCAUCCCAAAGGGCACGUUUACAACUUCCGAGGAGUCCCACCAACUUCCGACGCCUCACACCCUUGCAACUCAGCAGUCGAUCCAUUGACUCAUUUUUACUAGCAGACAUCUCCGAUGAGCAUCCAUUGUCUUUCCUACCUGAAUCAUCAAUGUAACUCUAAAUAAAUCUCAGGUUGUCCUCCAUUACUGAGCCCUCCCAUGUUGGAUGAGAUGUAACUUUCCAGAAAAGGCGGCCAAGUAAGCAAAGGUGAUCUUUGCUCUGAGAGACUUCCUCGUUUUUAUCCCAUCUUAUCUCCAGACAGCAUAUUAUCCACAGCUAUUCUUUACUGAAAAAUGUAGAUUCCCAAAUCUGUUUAAGGACAUCAGCCACAUCAGCGAGCUGUAUUGAAAUUAUUUUUAAACCAACUAUUGAUGUUUUCAGCAAAGCUUAAUGAAGACCAUCCACUUGGCUUGGCAGCAAAGAACUGCUGUGAAUGUGAAACAGGCUGAGAUGCUGAAAGAAGAGCUGGAAGGACCCGAGGAUGGAAGAACAGAAACCAUAGGUGAAUAAGGAAACUUUAAUGGGUGCAACCUUCACAAUCUUUUCACUAGUCCAAGCUCUCUGCAUUAUCCGCCUCUCUGGAAUUCUGGCUUCUCUCCCAGUCUUUUGUUUCAUUUUCCUAGAACAAGAAGGAACAUCGCUUUAAGCACAUUUGUGCUGUGCUUCACCAGUAAUCGAAGCUUUUAAUUAGUGAGCUGGAUAUCUUCUGAUUAUGUGAUACAUUGCCAGAAAAUGUGUUUCCUGUACAGGCACAGAAAUGGACAGCUGCAAUCUUUAAGACUUUAGAGGGGAGAAUUGGUGUAGCUCACUAAGCAUUUUAAAUGGGAUAGAAAUAAUAUCAUUAGUUCUCUAUGCAUCUACAGGAAUCAAUGCGGUAGAGGAACAAGUCUCAUUCCAAUCAUAAAAAUGCAGGUUUCCUGUUUCAAUGCUUAUUGAGAAAUUGGCUGAUAUAGAUUUUUCCUUCUCCAAUAUAAAUUUUUAGCUAUUUUGUUCAAUAAAUCUUUUUUGUUACAGUUCA